AUGUGGGAUGAUUUACGUAUUAUAGCCAAUAAUAUGAGGGAGGCUUGGCUCUUAGCAGGAGACUUCAAUGAUAUUGCUUGUAUGGAAGAGAAGAGGGGUGGAGUUAGUGCAUCUCUUAGACGGUGUAAUAAAUUCAGCGAGCGAAUCAAUGCUUGUAAUCUGAUGGACAUGGGAGCUAUGGGUCCUAAAUUUACAUGGCGCGGUCCUAUAUACCAUGGUGGUCAACGGAUAUAUGAGAGAUUGGAUAGAGCUUUAUGUAAUGAAAAAUGGAGGACAAAUUUUCCUGAUGGCUCUGUGAAAGUUUUGACAAGAGUAGCUUUUUCGGAUCAUCACCCUCUUUUAAUUUCCCCCUUGGAUGACACGUAUAUCAGAGCACCCCGACAGUUCAGGUUUGAAAGUGCGUGGUUAUUAGAUAAUACGUAUCAAGCGAUGUUGGCUGAGAGUUGGAGAAGAGAAUUGUCAGUUCCACAUAAUUUGGAUAAUGUGCAGAGAGGCAUUACUAAUUGGAAGCUGUAA